AUGACAAUAACACUCCAUCUGGAACUUUGCAUUAAAGAGGUGGAGUCACGCAGCAACUGGCCUGACCUGGUUUGUGUUAUCACAGAGGAAGUACACCUGACACAUGGAGAGAUCAAGGAGAUCUCUCUUGGUACAACCCAGUGGAGUCACAGAUGCAGCUGGGAAGCCCAGAGUUGUGUAGCAGCAGUGGGUGAGUGUCCCACCACUACGUGUCCUCACGUGGAGCAUCGGGAGCAUCGUUGUCCUGCUUCCUUCCAGGCUCCUCAGGGGCUUCUUCAAGACUUGCUGCAAUCAGCAGAGAGGUGGACCAAAGAACUUCCUCUGAGCCAAGGAAGGGAAGUUUGCUAUGAAAGGCUUGGAUGCUUCACAGAUAACCCUCCUUGGUCUGGGAUUCCAGGGAGACAACUGGCAGGCCUGCCCAGCUCUCCCAAAACUGUGAACACCAAUUUCCUCCUUUACACUAGAGAGAACACCAUGAAACACCAAAAAAUUUCUGCUACAAACCCUUCAAGUAUCAAAGCUUCAAAUUUCCGAACACACAGGAGAACUCGCUUCAUUAUACACGGCCACCUUGCUGAGGAAGACCUCCCCUGGAUAACAAAUAUAUGCAGGCUGAUGUUUCACACAGAAGAUGUGAACUGCAUUAUGACUGACUGGACAGGCGGCUCCAGCGGGUUGUACACGGACGCAGUGAACAACGUCCGCAUCGCAGGGGCUGAGCUGGUGUAUCUGGUGAACCUUCUUGAGAAAGACUAUGGCUACUCUCCUGCCAACAUUCAUUUCAUCGGCCAUAGUCUUGGAGCACAUGUUGCAGGGGAGGCAGGGAGAAGGAAACCUGGCAUCGGGAGAAUAACAGGUUUGGAUCCAGCUGGGCCCCUUUUCCAAUAUACUCCCACAACAGUUAGGCUGGAUCCCUCAGAUGCACAAUUUGUUGAUGUCAUUCAUACCCAUGCUGGUCAUCUUUUCUUUGACUUUGGGAUUCUCCAGACUUGUGGCCACCUGGAUUUUUACCCAAAUGGUGGGAGGAGGAUGCCAGGAUGCAAGCAGCUUCGUGUACCUCCUGCAACUCGGGAUAUCAAUGAUUUAAUGAGAGCAUAUAGAUCUGUUGGAUGUGCACAUAAAAGAAGUCUCCACUAUUAUGCUGAGAGUAUUCUCACUCCCAAUGGGUUUGCUGGGUAUCAGUGUGAAACAUACCGAGCUUUUAUAUUGGGAAAUUGCUUCCCAUGUCCAAAGGAAGGAUGUCCACUGAUGGGUCAUUAUGCUGAUAAGUUUUCACAUAAAACUGAAAAAGAACAGCAAAAGGUUUAUUUAAACACAGGGCCCUCUCCUCCAUAUGCUCGCUGGAGGAAAGAGAUACAUGUCAAAGUAUCUGCAAUGGAAAUCAUGAAGGCAAAUAUAGAUGUAGCCUUGACUGGAAAUAAUGGGAUCAGGAAAAAAUAUACAAUUGACAAGGGCACCUUCAAACCAGGCAACAUAUACUGGAACGAUGUUGAUACAGAAAUUUCUGGGAACAUUUCAAAAGUUGAGUUUCUGUGGAAAAAGCAUCUCGGUCAUGCAGACAGAGGCUACAUGGGAGCUGAAGAAAUCACAAUAAUAUCUGGGGAAAAUGGAAACGUGUGA